GAGGGGCUGUUUCUUUUUUGUUAUAAUGGGCCCCUUUGUGGAGAUGGAAGAGAAGAGAAGAGAUCUGUGUUCUGGCGAGGCGCAGGCUUCCCGGUGACUCCCAAGGUAACUUGCCAGGGCCCCGAGAAGCGCCGGGCCCCCGCGGUGCGGGGCGAAGGGAGGGGGUGCUGCGGCAUGGAGCUGAUGGUGCUACUCAAUGCCCUGGUCACUCGGCUGCUGUUCGUGUUGCACUCACUCAUCGGGGUUUGGAGAGUGACUGCCGUGAAGAAGGAACCCAAGUACUGGCUGCUGGCACUGCUCAAUCUUCUCCUGUGCCUGGAGACAGGGCUUACCCUCAAGUUUAAGCAAGGCAGAGGCUACAAAUGGUUUUCACCAGCAAUAUUUUUAUAUCUGAUUUGCAUAGUACCAUCACUAUGGCUACUAGAAAUUCAUCAUGGGACUCAGUACUGUGGCAAUGAGCCUGGGGCAGUUCAGGUGAAUGUCAGCAAUCAAGACUUCAAUCAAUCCAGAGACAGCAGUCAUGGAAAUGAGGGAACAGAUCACCACAUCAUUCAGACGGCUAAAGUCUUUGUCAAUCAGCUCUCCACAAUCUGUGAGACUGUAUGGACACUGGCCCUGCACCAGACUUUUCUACUGCUACUAGUAGUUGGGAGAUGGCUUCUUCCCAUUGGGGUUGAAAUCACCCGGGACCAAUUGUCUCAGCUGCUUCUCAUGUUUGUGGGAACAGCAGCAGAUAUACUUGAAUUUGCUAGUGAAACCUUGGACAUUGAGGAUGUUCGGAAGAAUUACGCUCUCAUAAAUGCAAUUCUUGCUGUAUGGACCUGGAGUAUGUUACAGUUUCCACUUGAUCUUGCAGUACAGCAUAUUGGCUGCAAACCAAGUGCAUCAGCCAGGCGAAUCCCCAGCCUGCUGCUGUGCAGGUACAGUGCGGAACUCUGGAACAUUGGGGUCAGCCUUUUCAUACAGGACGGUCCCUUCUUCAUUGUGCGUUCAAUUCUGAUGGGUCACUUCAGAAUAUUCAAUCAGAUGCUGGUAUUUUUCACAGCUAAGAAUAUCUUAGUUGUGACUCUACAGUUGUAUCGGCUGGCAGUGAUAACAUUAGACUUCCGUGCUACUGUUCUGCAGAAGAGCAGGAAAGGAGAAGUCUGUUGCUGCCCAUGUGAGCCUUAUGAAGCUCGUGCUCAUGCCACUGGUCACCAAGAGAAUGAAAUGAAAGAGUUUGUUGGUUUUCCUCGAAAACAGGAAUCCCAAGCUCCACCAGAAGAUCACUGAGCAGUUACUGACUUGGAAACAGUUGCAUUCUCCACAGCUUCUUCAGAAGUGCUUUGCCUAUUUUUGUGAUCAAAUACAUCUUGAGUGCCUAAGUCAUGUUUUCCAUCAAGACAACAUUAGCUUCUUCUAAAUUAUAGGGGAACUUUCUCAAGCAAAUUCAUAGAAAUGGGACUUUUAAAAAAUACAUUUAUAUGAUGGGUUUUGACUAGUUCCAUAUUAUAUUAUUUACAGGGAUUUUGUAGCCAUAGUUUGUAGUAUCAAGAAAGGUUGGGAGCACUAACAAGAUUGGUUAUUACUGUUGGUGGCACUGUGCUGACCUAUGUACUUGCAUGUAUUCAAGUAGAAAGACAAGCCAGUCCUUUAUAGGACGCACAAAAGCAUUGACCUCUACUAGAAUGGCAGGGCUAUAACUGCAGUGUGAUGAACAAUAUGUUCACCAUGUACAGGAGGAGCUUCAGCAGAAUCAAUUGUGCAGGCAUGUCAGUGCUGUUACUGUGACAUUGUUCAUUCCAGAAAUUUAAGGAAACCUUCUUCAGAUGUUACCUCAUCUUUGGUGGGAUUCAGUUAAGAAUUAUGUAACACCAUGAAACUGCAUACAAAAGACUCUUUGGACCUGCCUGGUCUGAAUAACCUAAAUCUUAACAAAAAGGGAAAAGCAAAAUACUUGUAAAUACAUUUUUUCCUCUUGAUUUUACAGUUCUAUUCUUAGAGUUGAGGCAGUUUUUAAAAUGUCUCCAUUUUGUAUGAUUUUUAAAAGUGGCCUGACCUAGACAUAGAAUCUCUCUAGAAAGAUGCAUUGCUGCUCAAGGCAAUCUAAGCCGAAGGAUUCAGGCGUGCACUUCAUAUUUCAUGAAGUGCCACAAGGCCCCAUGAAAUAACCUGAGAGAUUGUAUGGUUGGGUGAGUGUCAAGGUCCAUUUUUAAGAAAUGGUUAAUAAUGAAUACUUUACUACUUUCACAAUUGGAGUAAAUAAUAUAGGCCCCAAUUUCUCCCAGGAGCACACUUGUGAUCAGUGUAAGAUCAUUGACUUUGCUGGACUUAGCUCAGAGAAGCUGAAAGUAAGAUAAGUGAUUUCUGAAAGUCUGCCUAAAAAUCACAUUCUCACAGAAAAUGGCAGGUGCUUUUACAGAUUUCUGCAUCCAUUUUGAAAGAGUGGAAAAGCAUAUAGAGUGACAUAAUUAAGGUAAUUUCCCAUAUUAAAAACACCAAAUUAAACUUUAUUUUCUAAAGUCUCAGCUAUCUGAAAACCAGAGUCUGGUUUUCAGGAAUGAAUGAAAGUGUUUCUACCAUCACAUAAAGUAGUCAUAUACUUAUUUAUCCACAGCCUGAUAAGCAAUGACACAUUCAUUCUUUGAAAGAUGAACCUGUUUAAAAAGUCCAAACACCAAAGAUGCGAAUAUGUGUUUGUACUUGUGAAUUCUUAUUGUUCUAUGCAGGAUAAGACCUUCCAUUAUGAAAGAAGAAAAUGCACAGCCAUAAGGAAGUAUCAUAUGCUUCAUAGCCCUGUCUACCAUUUAUACAGUAGUAACAAUGUGCAACAACUCCUCUCCAUAUUUUCAGCCAUUUUUCCAGCAACAGUUUUAAAAAGCCAGUCACUACUUGCCAUGGUGUUGUGAGGUAGACAUAUGGAGAAUGGAUUGCAACUUCAUUUAGGAUUUUAAUUCAAAUCUAGAGGUAAAAAAGUGAUAGUUCUGAUGAUGAGCUGUGCUGUCUAAAACCUUUCACACUGGGAUGAAUAUAGAGUCGCUUGGUAGAACCACAACACGAUCUUCCUUGUGGAUGCAAGCCAGAACUACGCGUAUUCAUUUUGAGUUUACCACUUGCUCAUAUAAAUCAAGUUAAAAGGAUCAUUGUUAAUUAAUUUGGAGUGUACUGAGCUUUCUAGAACGCCAUUCUGAAUUCAUCAGCAUAAAAAUUCCAAGGAUGUACUUUUUUAAAACUUGAUAUUCAUUCAGCAACAAGCUGCCUAUUAGACUCAGCCUGCAGUAAAUGCAAGAUCCCCUGGGGUCAGCAGUACAGACUGGUUACAGCAGGAAUAUUUCACAGCAAACUCUAUUUCCUGAUCUUCAGGCAAUUUAAUUUUAAACAGCAGUAAAGCUUCUUAUCACAUUUAUGGUGAUAAGAACUCACUCCAGUGUUAGGUGGUCGAGAUCCCACACUCACAGACAAAAUAGGCCAGAUCCUCUUCACAUUUACAAUACAGUAGAUUUGGACUUCCCCUUUCCUCCCCACUAUUGCAGUGAUGGCAAUCAGAUUGCUUAAAAUCAAAGGAAAAUCCUGACUAACAAAGGAGUAGUAUAAAUUCCAGUUGUAUAAAUAUUAGCAAUAGUAUAAACAUUGGGUACAGAGAGAAAUCACAUAUACCAGGUAGCAGCAGGAGUGACAUGCAGCUCCCUCUGCUUCACUGAGAAGCCUGGAAAUGGCAAUUAAGAAGUCUAGUAACUUGCAUGUUUUAGUCAGAACAGCAAGCCCCAGUUGCAAGCCCUCCUCAGUUUCCUGUUGCAAAUGUUUGGAGCAGGCCUGCAGCUUUGUGUUUUGCAGCAGGCUGUUGGAGGCAGCUGAAGCAGCAGGUGGCUGUGGGGAGCCCUGGUGCCACCCCACAGCCUUCCAGAGCUCUGCACUAAGCAAGGGGUAGAAUGGACUUGCUUGAAGAUCUGCCAGCAUCUGUGGUGUACUCAAUGAUGUCAUGCUUGAUCUGCAGGAAAAGCUGCAGUAAACCUUCAGAUGGGGAAAACUCAAGCCUCCAAAAUGCAAGAAUUUCAGAACAUUUAUCUUAACCAUUAUUUACUCAAGUCAGGAGAACACAUCACUAAAUCUGUUCUGCCAGUAGGUAUCUGAACAUUUACUGUUUUUUAUUCUGGUUAUUCCUGCCUUAUCCUUCUAAAUUAUUCCAUCUUAAACCUAACUAAGACUUUUUACCACUUGUCUUUUUUUGAGCUGAAAUGUAUUCCUCCUUUCUUUUGGACAUUGGCUCAAAUAAGAGCAUAGCCCUAAGCAGGAAAAACAACAAAUAACAGUGACGAUUUUAUUGCAUUCCUGUUGGUAUUUGUACUGUACUAUGUUCUCUGUGACUAUGUGGAAAUGGAAAAAAAUGUGCAAUUACUUUUAAAAAAUUCAACAGCAUUUUGCAAAUAAAAGGCAGUUACCUCAUGCAUAGCUGCCAAUUUAUUAUGUGA